UGCACAGUGACGAGAUCGUACCUUUUCCUCCACAAGUUCUGGUUCUUCAGUACCAUCUACUACUUUGGUAACUGGGUGUUUAUCGGGGUUUUCCUCAUCGGCCUGUUGGUGGCAUGUUGUAAGGGAAGAAAUCAGUGAUCGAAGGUGAGGUGGAGGCAGACGACUCUGACAUGAGUGAAGACGAAUACGUCCACUGACAAGACCACAGCCUGCCAGACCUGGGUUCAAAUACUAUUUGAAGUCUUUUAAAUACUUUUGAGCAUUUGCUUAAGUCUGCCUGGGAGUGCCGGGUGGGCGGGGUUUGCAUGUUCUGGACUUUUCUAUGGGUUCACCUGCAAAAGGCAAGCUUAAUCAAAUACAAUUUAAGUAUUUGAAAUUAUUUUAAACAGUGUGCCCUAAUGAAUAUGACCCAGGUCUGCUACCUGCAUGGACCAGAGCAUUUACCGGAUUGGUUUCUGUCACAACUGGUUUGCUGUAACAUAAGAAUUUGACAUUUGGAUUGUUCAUACACUGCAGUAAAAGUUUAAUUUGAACUUUUGUUUUCUGGUUUCAGCUGAGAUCGGUUCAUAUUACACACCGUUGUGUUGAUACUGAUUUAUUAUAACAGGAGAGAGUGAUUGUGAGGUUGCUUUUUUCUAUAUAGGGCAACUUUUUGUUUUUUGUUCAGUCAGGUGUCUUUUUUCAAAGCAGUAUGAAACCCUUAUUGCAUCCAAAUGGACCCUAUUUCAUAUAUAGUGCACUUCUUUUUGACCAAAACCCUAUUGGACCUGGUCAAAAGUAGUGCACUAUAUAGGGAAUAGUGUACCAUUUUGAGAUGCAACCCUCUUUGUAUUACUAUGGGUAUUGUCCUGUUGUUUAAAAUGUCAUCUCCACCAAUUCCAUGUGUUUGUUUCCAAAAAGAAAGAUAGUGUUGCAAAAUUCUGGUAUCUUUUCCAAAAUGAGAAGAUUCUGAACUUCUUGUGUUUUCCCUCACUAUUCUGGAAUCAUCAAAUGGGGAAUAAAAAGACAUAAAAAAAAACAGGUAAUUUGGGGAAAGUGACCAACAUUUUGCAACCCUAAGAAAGAUCCUUGUCUGAUAACCAAAACGGUGGGUUAUUAAACGACCUUCACCCUGUGAUACUGGAUGUUUAGGAUCCUGAGAAGAGAAGAUGUUGUUGGGGAAACAUAUUCCAGGCUUACUUUGUUUCUUAUUUUAACUCAGCACAUUUGUUGUCAUGUACAUUUUCUGUAAUAUAUGGCUGGAUAAAUGUUUAUUUAAGCUUUAACAGAUUUAUUAUUUUUAAGAUUACUAACUUAGCACAUUCAGCAUGUUAACUUAUAGCAAACAAAUAUGACAUGUAUUUGAUACCAUAUUGAUAAUGCACAUGGCUGAGUUAAAAUCUAUAUUCUCUUAUCGUUGAUUUUUUGGUCGUGUUUGGUUGGGCUUAACUUGACUGCUGUUAUUGCGUUGAUGGAUUGAUUUGCUGUAAAGUUAUCUUAACAUGAACUGAGCUUGACUACUGAUAUCACUUGACUACUGAUCACCAUGUCAAUUUACUUUAUGAAUUUGGAAUAAAAUAUGAUUCUGAAUUGA